GGCCACUAAGAUUGCUGCGGAAGAUUUGCACUGCUACCAACCGUAUUUUACAACACAGUGUGCCAGAGGACGUCGUCCACUACAUACUAUCGCUGCAAGCAAUUUACUAUGGGGAAAAAUAAAAUGUUGCUGGGAGUUGCUCUGUUCCUGCUGUUUGCACUGGGCCAUGCCGUAAUGGCUCCAGGAGACGAGAGUUCGAGGUGUACAAAUCAACUUGAUCCCUACCCUCCCAGCAUGAUGAUGUUGAUGAACUCUCGACACUACUCUGCACUCCUGGGACCUGAAGGAGUCUGGGACCAGAUGGAUUUGGAUGACAAUGAUCCCGAAACCUCUUUCAACCCAACAUACUUCAAGCACAAUGCUGGUGGAAUUUGCAGGUGGUCGGUGAUGUCAUGUGGCUACCGCAGUGGCUGGCAGGACAACUAUCUGUUCACUCAGUUCAUCUCGAAGGCAGCACCUCCCGACACCACCCACACUGUACGAGUCAUCGUGGACAUUCUCUACACCCUCUCCAGUUGCCGCGCUCGCUACAACUGCAAUCCCAAAUUCCAACUGCUCAAGUUUGAGACAGACGGCCCACAACCAAGAGAAGUGUUCACAGACCACACCAACUACCAGUCAAUCAGGGUUAGAACCGGCUCUUCAGCAGUCACUCAGCGCCUCGUGGAAAACAUUGAUAUCCCUGCAAACAUCGAAGGGAUCUACUUGGCCGUUCGAGACAACACAUCAUGUAUUCAGGUAGCUCAGAUGCAGGUCUACCGCUACCAGUGCCCGAGGAAACAAGAGGGUCUUGUCGUCUUCCCUGACACUGCAGCUCCGGUUGAUAACGACAUAACAAUCAUAGCAGAGUGCAUGCCGAAUUCGUCGCCGGUCACCCCCAAUGAUAUGGCCAUGACUUGCGACAAGGACGGGAACUGGAUGGGAGCUGGUAGCUGCAGGUGUGACCCCGGGUACAAGAGAGUGAGGGGACGGAAUGGCGAAAGCUGCGUCGCCUGUCAGGAGGGAACCUACAGAACUGGCUCUGACCCAGAGGGUGUCUGUCUCAGUUGCCCGGGAAACACAGAGAGCGACGAGGUGGGUGCACCAGAGUGUGAGUGCCAGACUGGCUACUUCAGGAACUUGGAGGGAAUGAGUGACACCUGCCCUGCCAGCCAGACACGUGAAACUGUGUCUGACGACUGUACACAGCCACCAAGUUCUCCUCGUAACCUCGUGAAGACUGGCUCCACUGCCGAGUCUCUCAGUGUCAGUUGGACCGCCCCAGAGUACAGCGGAGGUCGCAGCGACCUCUAUUACAGAGUCCACUACUCUGACCCCGACAAUGUGGGGAUUCUGCUGGAGAGUCACUGUACGCAGUGCCACACUGGCACCAGCUGUACCAUCAGUGGCCUCCGACCUGCCACCGUCUACGUCGUUCAAGUCUCGGCCCACAACGGAGUCAGUGAUCAGGACGAGGGCGGAGCUCUUGCCAGAAUGACCGAAAUCACUCUUGCGACUGACUCUGCUCCUCCGAGUGCUCCUCAGAGGCCCCAGGCAUUCUGCCAGGUCGUGGUGUGGGAGGAGCCUGAACACAUCAACGGAGUCAUUACCAAAUAUCUUGUCAAAUACUUGGCGGUUUCACAUGAAGUAUCGGGAGAUAGGAAUUCCUUCGUACUUCCCACAGAGCUACCUUCGGGGACUGUCAUCAGGAUUUAUGCUGUCAACGUUGCCGGAACGGGUCCCUUUGCUACGGCAACUAUUCCUAGUGAUUGUGCUGGCCUGGAUACACCUGACGCUUUAGUUACCUGUCCCUCCUGUCCUGGGUGUCCAGCUUGUCCAAUCCCAACUCCCUCUGAGUGCCCCACAAUCCCAGUCCCAACUGUCACCAGAACCACCACAGUCGCCAUUCCACCUGUCACUAUCACCAGGACUACCACUGUGGCCCGAAUCGUCCCUACCACCGUGACCACCACUGCCACAGUCACCAGAGUCAGUACCUCAACGGUCAGGACCACUGUGACCCGUACCACCACCAGAACUACCUCCACUCCUUGUCCUACUCCUCCUCCGUCUUCACCCACCACUGGUGCCGCUGUGUCUCGUCCUGGUUAGUUUAAUGCUAGCAAGCCAUGUACACAGAAGACUAUAUAGGAGAGUGGGAGAGGGAAUAAAGUGGGAAUUGAGAGACAGGGAGAAGAGGGAGGAAGGAAAGGAAGGAAGGUUUAGAUUAACAAAGGAAAUGACUGACUACCUGGUUGUUCUACAGUCACUGACAGGAAAAGGACACACACACACACUGACAGACAGAGGAGGCAAACACAAUAGCCACGCACUGACAGACAGGAAAGGAAGGAAGGUUUAGAUUAACAAAGGAAGAGACUGACAGAGGAGGCAAACACAAUAGCCACGCAUAGGGGUGUCUAAGAUACACACUAAUCAGUGGAGUGAGUAGAGGAUUUACCCCUCUAUUAUAUAUACCGUGCCCCAGAUCCAGUAACUGUAAUCACUGUGAUGGGACGUUGCAGUAUUGCCUGGAGGCCUCCGGUGAACAACGGCGGCGAGCGUCCAGGCUAUGCCAUCAGGUUCUUUGACGGAGCCACUUACGAUGAGAGUGGCUUCAGGACGAUUUUGAGAUUCUUUGACGAUCCCGACAAGAUGUUCUACACCCUGGAGAACUGCCCGAGCGAUAGAGUCAUCUAUGCUGACAUCCGGGCAAGGAACAGUGGAGGAAAUGCCGAUUAUUCUAGCGUUAUCCAAGUUUCAGAUCCCAGUACCCCGUCGACUCCCUCCUGUCCAACCUGCAACAGCUGCUGUGGGACGUGCCCGACUCGAGAGCCGUGCCCCACCUGCGCUCCACCCACCAUCUGUCCAACAUGUCUCCCGCGUGUGACCUGCCCAACUUGUCCUACCACCCCUCCCCCUACCUCUUGUCCCACUGUCACCUGUCCAACCUGCCCUGUACCCACAGAGUGUCCACCAAGAGACUGUUCCACUGAUACUGCCCCUGAGACAACAACUGAGGUAGUGACAGUAUCAAUACCUACCCUGCCACCCUGUGCCUCUACUGACAGGACUAUUCCAAGUGACAUCGUUGGAGUUCGCAGUGUGCGGUGUGGUCUCAUAGAGUGGGAGCCUGCAACAGUAGCUGGAUGCUCAGACGACGGAAUAGCCUACAGAAUCAGAGUCUUCACUGGUUCCAGUUUCACGUCUACUGGCAACGAGAGGGACGUUCUCCCCUCCGACACAAACUCACUUAGUUUCACGUUGGAUCAAGUUCCACGUGGCCGACCCCUUAAAGCACUGAUAAAAGCAAGGAGAAGCAAUGGUGUGUUCUCUGCAAAUUGGUCAGAAGUCAUGACUAUUAUAGAAGCGUCAGAUAACUGCUAAGUGAAAAUUCUUCGACUCACUCUUUAUAAUGAAACAGUCUCACUGAUAAUGACUGCACUAAUUAUCAUAACCCCAGAUCAUCUGUUCUCUUAGACCAGUUUUUUAUGUUUGUCUUAUUUUCGUGUAAUAGAAGCUAUUAAUCAGAUGUUGUUUUGUCUUUAAUAUUCAACUGUAAUAAUCUAGUCAACUUCCAAUGAACUGUAUUCGUCUGCCAACCAUGCACAGCUUAAAAUAUGAAAUGUUCACCACUUAACCUAAUGCAAACACUGCAGUUGAACCAAUCC